CUUUCGUGCUUCCGUUCGACUCAACUCAGCAUCGAAUUAACCUUCCGUCAUUUAGCCUUCGUCUUUAGCUCGUUCCCAAAGCCCCACUCGUGGCGACCAUGCCUGCCGUGUGGACUAAUAGUACCUCAACGCCACCCAUUGGAUCGAUAGCCAAUCAAGAUCAAGGCUCGUUUCAGUCAAUCUUCUUCAACAUACUCUCCAUAUCGUUCGCCGCUGCGUCGGUGGUGAUUGCAUAUCUCCAUCUUCGAGCAGCACGUCAAGAACAAAUAAGACAACAUGAUCCAGUGAAUGAAGAUGCCUCGGAGCACACAGACAGUGCUCGAAGAAUCGGAGGGCAAGAACAUCGUUUAGAAGUCCAGUCGGAGGAUAUAGAGACAGGAAGCAUGUCCUCUAUUGCAGUCGAUGAGAUAUUUGGGACAGAGGUAAUGGGACAAUGCGGCGUUAUUGAUAUAUGCUAUGCCUGUCGGACUCGGUCAGAAGGCGGUCUACGUUGCACAGGUGACAUGGGCAAGGUUUGAUAUAACAGGACUUACAUUCUGCAUGCUCCCGAAUCGCCUUCUUCCUGUUCAGAAUUGGCGAAUGAGGCCUCUUCGAUACUACCAAACCGUCUAACACGGUUCGUCAACCUUAUGUCGUACAGCACCAACGGGCGUGAACAGUCGGAAAUAUGUUAGAGGAAUUGG